AUGGCCUUUGACGAGAAGAAACCUGCUGAGCCAGCCGCCCAGCCAUCGACGCUUCCUCCUCCCCCGCCUGGCCCUCCUCCAGUGUAUGCGGAGCCUCCAAAGCAUUCCAACGAAACUCCUCUCCCCGAUUACGAUAUCCCGCAGUAUAACCCAGCGAAUCCGCAAUUCGCACCUCCGCCGAAUGAUAACGACGACAUUUACGACGCGACCCCAACAGAAGAGCAUCCACCAUCGAAGUUCUCCCGAUUCUUUGGUCGUCAUCACCAUAGCCAUGGACAUGAGGGCGAAGAAGAGCAUGGCAAGAAGGGAAAGGCCAAGCUCACUGCUCUUGGCGAAGCAUUUGCGAGUAAGGUCGCUGGGCCUGUGAAUGCCUUUGCAAAUAAGUUUGGUGCAGAGGGCUUCCUACCUGAGUCGUUGGACAAGGAGUGUGAGAAGGCUGCUCGCAUUCUGCGCAGCUUUUGCAAGGACGGCAUCUACGGUGACAAUGCCCCAUCAACCGUUCCUCCUUCGCCUCCCACCUCCGGCGCUGCUUCCCCAGGUAAGGGCAAGAAGCCCAAGGUCUUGCUGACCAUCCCCUCCAAGGUGAUCGCGCGCGCCCAAGGUCUAGCCAUCUUUACUGCCGUCCGAGUCGGCUUCCAAGCAACCGGUUCCAGUGGCAGCGGCAUUCUCCUCGCCCGUCUGCCGGACGGCAGCUGGUCGCCACCAAGUGGCAUCCAAGUGGCCAGCAUCGGCGCAGGCUUCGUCGCCGGCGUCGAUAUCUACGACUGCGUGGUCGUCAUCAACACCCGCGAGGCCCUCGAGGCAUUCACCAAGACCCGUCUGAGCCUUGGCUCCGACCUCGCCGUGACAGCUGGUCCCGUCGGCGCCGGUGGCGCCAUAGAUUUUGGCCUGAAGGCUGGUGAAGGCAAAGGCAAAGGCAAAGAACCCUCCAGCCCAGAGCCCACUGCUCCUACCGCUUGUCCCCGCGCCCGUACCAAGCGGCGCUCAACCGCACUGCGCGAGGCCAUCAACAAGCCGGUCUACAGCUACGUCAAGUCUCGCGGCCUGUACGCCGGCAUCAAGAUCCGACGGAACCGUCAUCACCGAGCGGGCGAACGCCAACGCGAAGUUCUAUGGCCAGCCCAUCCCGGUCGCCGACAUCCUCGCGGGGCUCCCAGGCCCAUGACGCCCGUUGCUGGGGCAGUUGCUCCUCCCCCUCCUGCCGAGGGUCAGACCCAGCCUGCUGCUCCUCAACCUCCGACGGAACAGCUGCAGAACCUUAACGUCGGCACAGGCUCAACCUCGUCAGCGGCCGCAGGCCCAUCAUCCGCGGCGCCCCCACCUCCCCCCGGUGUCCCUGACGACGAGCACCUCACCCCAGCAGCCAAGGCCAAGGCUGCUGAGGCCGCUGCCGAAGCAGAGGCUGCCCGCUUAGCAGAGCUCCGGGAGCUCGAGGAGCUUCGUCGCGAAGGUUUUGAUCCGUCUGUCCCUCCCCCGGGUUACGGCUACCGACUGGGGCGCCCCCGGGGUGCUACGGAUCUCCCUCCUCCGCCGGCUUAUGAGCCACCGCCGUAUGAACCGUUCCCUAGUGCUAAUGGUAGUUCGGGGCCUGGGCCGACGCAAGGCUCGGGGCCCAAGGCUUGA